AUGGGAUACGGAGAUGGCCCACGACCUUCCCUUGACGACCCUAAUGUUUGGGUACCAUAUCGUUACGUUCCCUCGAAGCCCGCCGCUGUAGUCUUUGUGGUAGCCUUCUCACUUACGACAUUUCUCCAUACAUUCCAACUCGUCAACAAGAGGACAUGGUAUUUCAUACCGCUCGUCAUCGGUGGUUUUUUCGAAAUAGUCGGCUAUAUCGGCCGUAUCCUCUCAACCAACGAUCUCUGGGCUCUCGGCCCUUUCAUCAUGCAAUCACUCCUCCUUCUGGUUGCGCCCGCACUCUUCGCCGCCUCAAUAUACAUCAUCCUGGGCCGGAUCAUCCUACUCGUAGACGGCGAGCGUUAUUCCCUGAUUCGGCAUAAAUGGCUCACGAAAGUCUUCGUGACUGGCGACGUUCUCAGUUUCUUGGUGCAAGGAGGUGGGGGCGGUAUCCAGGCCAUGCAUACGCUAGCAGCGCUACACACGGGCGAGAAACUCAUCAUCGUCGGUCUCUUCCUACAACUCGCUUUCUUCGGCUUCUUCAUUUUUGUCGCAGGGCUGUUUCAUUACCGGCUUGUAAAUGCCAACCCCUCGAAGCAGUCCUCAGCACCCAUCUCCCUUUCAUCUCUCGCAAACCGGAACAACUCUCCACGCCGCGUCACCGCAUCCUCCUCAGCCACCCCGACAACCCUCAACGUCGACAGCCUGCCGUGGAAGCGCCAUAUCUACGCCUUGUAUGCUGCGAGCACCCUCAUCAUGAUCCGAGGUGUUUUCAGAGUGAUCGAAUACCUAAUGGGCAAUAGUGGAUAUCUCCUUAGGCAUGAAUAUUUCCUGUACAUCUUUGAUGCGUUCUUAAUGUUUUUGGUCAUGGGACUGUUUAAUUGGAUCCAUCCUAGUCAGGUUACAGCACGGUAUCAGCAACGGAUACUUCGGGAGAGAGCUGAGACUGCUCCUUUUAGACCUAGCGAUCGAGAUACAUUGGCCGGAGCCGCAAAAUAG